UGUCGAUCACAGUUUAGCCGCAUACUAUAUAUAUAGGCCUUAACCAUAGCAGUGUGAAGUGGGUUUGCUAUUGUAUGCUCUAUUUAUUAAUGUUAAAGUUCAUAAAAUGAAUGUAUACAUAUAAGAAAAGCUGUGAAAGAGUUACAGGUGAAUGCAUCGUAUGAGUGAUAAAGUCACGCUAGAAAUGACAGAGCAAGAUUCCAGUCUAGACAGCGAAAGUGACUGUGACAUUCCAUCCGAUUUUGGUAUUUGCCCAUGUGAAGCUGAAUUAGAAAGGCUCCCAGACGUUGUAAUAUUUAUUAAACGCCUUCAGAGUUUCAUUUAUAGGCAGGAAUCUAGGUUAAAUAAAAUACGCAAAGAGCUUGUAGAACACAAGUCAAAGAAGAGGAAAAAAUGUAACGUUGCAACACAAACAGAAGAUUUAAAUGAAGUCCAUUCAGAAAGUAUUCAAGCUUGGAGCAUGGAAAGGAGCGGUGAGGUGGAUGAAAGACAGAGUAUGGCAGAACAGGUGAAACAAGCAGCUCAGAAUGCCAUGCAGCAGACAGGUUUUGUUUAUGAAGAGACAUCUGGAAUGUACUAUGAUUACAGCACUGGGUACUAUUACAAUGCUGAGUUGGGUUUGUACUAUGAUGGUAACUCAGGUACCUACUAUUAUUACGACAAUAAAAGUAAAGCAUUCCAGUUUCACUCACAAGUUGAAGCAACUCAUAGUACUGUUUCCUUUGGCACCUCUGGUGCUAAUUAUGAAGAACGUGGGAGCAAAAAAGGGAGCAAGAAUAGGGACACUAAAGAAAGUAAAAGCACUAAGCAUGACAGUAACAACAGUGACGCAGAGUCUCUGGAGGAAGGAGAGUGUUUGGAUAGCAGUGGGGAAGAAGGGACGAGCAGUAGUGGUACAAGCAGCGUACAUGAUAUGGAUAUUGAUCAGGAGGUGUCUAAAGUUUGGCCACCAUGUAUUAGGAUCAUUAUCAAGGAAACUAAUAUUGAACAGUUGAAAGUUGGCACUCUCUUCAUUGUUACUUGCACCGGUGGAACAAUGGGCCGAGAAGGCAAUCACGCAGUGUCUAUUCCAGACAUCAAUAUCAGCAAACACCAUGCCAAAUUCACAUUUGAUGAGUCAUUAGGAAAGUAUUACGUGACUGAUUUCGGUAGUCGUAAUGGCACUUACCUGAAUGGGAAACGCCUGUCAGUAGCAAAGCAGGAAAGCAUUCCUCAUGAGGUAGUACAUGGAAGUAUGCUGCAAGCUGGUGGCACAAAACUGCUGUGUCAUAUCCACGCAGGACAAGACACUUGUGGACACUGUGAGCCGGGGCUGGUGCAGCAAGCGAACACGGCGCCAGGUGAAGACAAGGCUAGAAACGAAAAUAAAAAACAUUGUCAUAAAAAAGAGUUGAGAAGAAUACGGCGAAAAUUUGGUUUAGAAAGUUCGGAGCCCAACAUAAAAGCUAUAUCUGUGCCUGGUUAUGAAGACAGGGCGCAGAUUCGGCGCGCCACCGUCGGCUCUCAGGACCAUCACGAGAAGACACAGACUGCAUUGCUAGAAGAGCCCAUCCAUUCGGAUAACAAGGGCUACAAACUUCUGACUAAGAUGGGCUGGAGCGAAGGACAGGCGCUUGGCAAGGGUGAAGACGGACGCGUCGAGCCGGUGCCCCUGGUGUCCCGAAGACAGAAAGCUGGAUUGGGUUCCUCGUCUGCGGAUCUUCCGGGAGUCGCCGUCCCCGUCGACCCGACAACUGAACGCAAGAAGGCUAUAUGGCUCAAGACGCAAAAGCGUUACCAACAAAUAUAAUAGUAACUUGUAAUGUAGAAACAAGAUCAAACAUAAAUUCGAAGUUUUUUGCAUUGAA